CUAUGGGCUGUGACCGCAAGGCUACUCCCCUGGCUCGCCCAUGUGGAACUCCCAUGAACGAAGUACCCUCAUCCUGAUAUUCCGUGUACAUCAAAUGUAUGCACAGGACAUGUCAGACCGGCAAAUCAUUCAUCGUGUGGUUGGCGCUGAUCGGUGUAAGGUAGGCAACUCCUGCGUGACCUGUAUCGUAAACAAAGUGGCGUGACUUGGCAGGCAGGCGGACAUAGGGUCUCAAACAGCAACGAUGGCACGCUUGCUGGACGUGGUUUGGUGCCUGUACUUCGCCACACAUAUUCCAAUUACGAUAUUCGUUGAUUCUCAGGCGCUGUUUUCUUCCACGUAUUACCCGGAUGCACUGGUGGAACUGAAGACUUGGUACACAAGGGAAUUCAAAGACUGUUUGAUGGCCGACCCAACCGCAUGGUUUCUCUCGUUUGUUGUGUGUGAAAUGCUCAUACAGUUCCCAUACAUCCUUGUUGCGACAUAUGCUUUCUUUAAAGGGCCUCGUGCGUGUCCUUGGAUUCGUAUUCCUAACAUGAUCUACUCAUCCCAUGUGAUCACAACGCUGGUCGCCAUUGGCUUCCACAUCAUGCUCCAUGAUGCCAGCCAAUCAAAAGUCCCCUGCCCAAAGACGCAGAAGGAAAGGUUGACUUUGCUUGCUAUUUACUCACCGUAUUUCAUCAUUCCUUUACUGAUGUUACUUGACGGACUGUUCAAUAGCUCCGCCUACCUUCCCCUGGAGGGAAAAGGUGGUAAGAAGAGAAGAUAACUCUAUCGGUACAUGUACAAUGAGGUGAGCUGUUAUGGUAGUUAAAAAUUAAAGAUUGUCGUUGGCCCAUACAUUUGAAAGAGAAAAAAAUAUUAUUUCGUGAGGGAUUUUUUUUAGAAAAAAAGAAAUAUGAAACUUUUGAAUGACUAUGAAAUUGAUGUUGAACAGAAUUGUCAAUAAUUUGUGACCUGUGCGUAAAUAAAUGCGAUAAUAAGAUAUCACUCGCCCAGAGAAGAAAUACUGUAAAAUUAUAUACAGGCCAUUAUAUUUUCUGAGUGACAUGACAGUGGUGCCUAAAGAAGGCUACUCAGGUGAAUAUAUUACCAAUGAGUUAAGUGACAGUAGUGCCCAAAGUAGUCUGCUAAGGUGAAUAUAUUACCAUUAAGUGACAAUAGUGCCCAAAGUAUGUUGCUCAGGUGAAUAUAGCAAAAUUGUUUUCGCACUGACCUCAUUACAGUAUGAUUGGA